UUUUUUUUUUUUUUCUUCUCUCUCUCUCCAUAGGUAGCAUAAUAAUAAGGUGCUCUUUCAUGUUGGGGUAUGUAUGAUGUGCAUAGUAGUAGGUCAACAAUAAACACAUAUACAGUACUAAUAACUAAAUCACCCUCCCUUUCUUUUCUUUUUCAUUUCUGAAUCUUACCUUCCAUUAUUCUUAUUCUUAUUCUUCUUCUUCUUCUCUUCCUCCUCCUCCUCCUUCUUCAAAUCUUCUACAUCUACCAUGGCCUUGUUAGUUGUCUUUCUCUAGGGUUUGAGCCUCAGGUCCCUCUCUCUCUUUCUCUCUUUCUUGGUCAAAUAUGAAGGCACCGACUCUUUCAAUUGUUGUCUAGUGAUUUGUACUACAACAACAACAAAACAAUCAACACACAUAUGCUCUCUUCUCUUCUCUUACUUUUCUUUCUCUCUCUCUUUUACAGCCUCACAAAUCUGGGCUUCCUUUGAUUCAAUUCAAUUUAAUUCCAUUCAAUUCCCUCUCUAUAAUUAUUUCCCAUUGUUCUUUGAUCCAACAGAGUGAUAAAUAUAAUUAGGAGGAAUUGAAAAGGGUGUGUGUGGGUCACACACACUAUAAUUUUCAUUUCAUGGAGUUGAUGCAAGAAUCCAACAAAGGCUACUCUCAAGAUUUGGAAGAAGAAGAGGAGGAGGAAGAAGCACCGGGAGAAGAAACCACCACCGCCGCCGGGUUACACCAUCAUCAACAUCAAGAUGCAACAACAUCAAAUUACUUCAACCACACAACAAGAAUGAAUCAAAAUCAACCGCAACCGCAACCGCAACAGUUAGUAGACUUCAUGGACUUGUCACUUGGGACAAACAUCAACCACCAUGAAGGCGUCAACAAUUUCCAAGGAUACUCCUCCUCCUCCGCCGCCGCCGCCGCCACCACCACCACCACAAAUAAUACCAAUCUACAACCUCCGCCGCCUGCUCCGGCGGAGAAAGAGCACAUGUUCGACAAAGUAGUGACGCCGAGCGACGUCGGGAAGCUGAACAGGCUGGUAAUUCCCAAACAGCAUGCGGAGAAGUACUUCCCGCUCGACUCGACGUCGAACGAGAAGGGACUUCUCCUGAAUUUCGAAGACCGGAACGGGAAAUUGUGGCGGUUCAGAUACUCUUACUGGAACAGUAGCCAGAGCUAUGUGAUGACGAAAGGAUGGAGCAGAUUUGUGAAGGAGAAGAAACUUGAUGCAGGUGACAUUGUUUCUUUCCAACGCGGAGUUGGAGAAAGUUAUAGACAUAGAUUAUACAUAGAUUGGAGAAGAAGACCUGAUAAUCAUCACCAUCACCAUCACAACCUCCAUGGAGGACUUGAUUUUCCCUCUUCGUCUUCGAAUUUCAUCACUCCCUUCUUCAUUCCCAGUCAAGCGUCUUCGCAUUACUCUACGAUUCGAUACGGUGGCAGAUUUUACUCUCUGCCACCGCAAUCGCAACCACAGCCACAGCCACAACCACAAAUGAUGAUGUCACCAAGACAUCAUCAUUAUUAUCCAAUUCAUCAUGGUGGAUAUGGCGGCUAUAAUCAUCCUCACAGUAAUGAGUUGUUUUAUCUGAGAUCAACAACAUCAACAACACUACCUUCUCCUCCUCCUCCUUCUUCUUCUUCAAUGUCAAUGGUUGAUCAUCAUCAUCAUUACCAUCAAGGAUUAUUGGCAAGACAACAACAACAAGAACAAGAACAAGAAAGGGGUUCACCAAUGAUCAUAGAUUCAGUACCAAUUGCUCAUCAUUUUCAUCAUCAUGGUGGUGGUGGUAAUGGUAAUAAUGGUAGUAAUAGUAAUAGUAACAAUAAUAGUAACAAUAAUAAUUCUGCAGGAAAAAGGUUAAGGCUAUUUGGUGUGAACAUGGAAUGUGCUUCUUCUUCUUCAACAGCAACAACACCACAACAAGAAGAUCAUCAUCAAGAACAAGAACAAGAAGAUCCAAAAUGCUUCACCUUGUUCUCUUCUACUAACUCAAGGGAUGCAGAAGAAUCUGGUGGUGGAGAAGAUCAGAGAAGAAGAAUAAGGGAGCAAGCUGCAAAUUUUUUUGAUUUGGACCCUUCUUUGCAAUUCCGCCAACACUGAUGAAGAAUUGAUCAUCAUCUUCAUCUUCAUCAAUUGAAGAGAGAAAAAAAAGAAAAAGAAAAAUUGAAACACAUUCAAUUCAUUCACCAGUUCUAAAGUGUUAACUAUACACUCUGAUCUUUUGCAGCAUUUUUUUUUCCUUCUUAAUUUUAAUUAUAUUAUUUUUAAUUA